UCUACUACAGUUAGUUUUUUGCAUACUUAUUGUAUUUUAUUGAUACCAAUCCGCUGUAGAUGUGCAAAAUAUCACUUUCGAGAUAUCUAUUAAAAAGUUAAUCAGUAUUACUAGUUGUUUAUUGAUAUUACUCAGAAGUUUCCUGUUUUUUCUAUAAUGUACUUUUCCAAACUUUAACAAUAAGUAAAAAUUCUACUUAAACGAAAGUGAAGAAGAAGCUGUAUCAAAUACGUUUGAUAAGUGAUACUCAUAUCAUUAGUUCUCUGAAGAAUUCCUCUUAAGUGAAGUCAAAACAUAAGUUAUAAUUAUAAAAAUUAUACAUGAAGGUCAAGAAACAGUCUAUUAGAACGAAAAAUCAAAAAGCAAAAAUGAAACGUCGUAUGAGAGAUUUAUUGAAUGGCAUGGACAAAACAAUUACCCCUGAUGAUCUUCUUGAAAGAGUGAGAAAAAGAAGAGAGCAACAACGAAAAUAUAUGCGAAAUCGUCGAGCAGAUCCGGCUUAUAGUAAAAUAGAAAAUGAAAAAAAUCGAAUUAGAAAGGCACAAAGGCGACUAAAUGAAAAACUCAGAUUGGAAGAAAAUGAAAAGAAUCUUGAACGUAUGAGAUGUAAGAGAAGGAAUGGAUCAGUUCAGAAGAGAAAAAGAAAGAACAAUGGAAAAAAACAGAUAAAAGAAGCAGUCAAUCAUGAAAAUUCUGCAAUAGUUGAAGAAGUUCAAAGGACCUCAGAUUCAGAACAACAGCUGAAUAAUAACGAGAAUUAAAUUUAUCAUUAAAAUUAAAAUCAAUUAAAGAACAGUACAUUAUUACUAUAAUAAGUAGAUAAAAUAAUAAAAAUAAGAAUUGUUAUGUUUGGUAUUAAUGAGUAUAGUUGUCGUUAGUUUCUUUGAUAUUGUGAUUAGUAUUGAAAGGCUGGAGUUAAAAUAAUUAAAAAAUUAUUUUCAAUUAUAUAGCUAGCAAAAUUACAUUUUUAUAAUAAUUACCGAUAAUGAUAUUUGAUGUAUGAAUGUAUGACUGUAUUUAAAUAUGUUUGAAUGAGUACUUUCUAUUUAUUAGGAAAAAAUGA